GUUAUAAUAUACAAGCCUAUAGGAAGAAAAGUCAGGCAGAGGGGUGGAUAUAAAAAAUAAUUGAAUCAUCAUCAUCUUCAUCAGGUAUGUGCAGUGUAAAUGAAUUGUGCUGUUUCUUUCUCAUUGGAUGGCAGUGCGGCUCGGUCAGACAGGAGGGGGUGGGGGUUUGGCUUUUCUUCUCCCUAAAGACAGUAUUAAAGCAUCAUUCCUGCAUCACUGUGGAGGAGAAAGAGAGGGAGAGACGCACAUCUUCAUUUGUGCUGCUGCUGCUGCUGAGCGCAGGAGGAGAGCGGACGGGCAGCGAGAUGUACGGCAGACAGAUGGAGUCCGCCGCUGGAAUCGAGGAGCUGACGGACGAGGAGAAGGAAAUGAUCAACAGCGUGCUGGCGAGAGCCAAGAUGAUGGAGGCUAUGGAGCAAGAGAGGAUAGGGCGUCUGGUGAAUCGCCUGGACAGCAUGAAGCGGACGGCCUGCGGUGACGGCGACUCGCGUUGUUUACUCUGCGGCCAGCAGUUCGGCCUGGCGGGCGUCAGCGCAGUCGUGUGCGCCGAGUGCAAAAAGAACAUGUGCACUAAGUGUGGCGUUCAAAGUGUCAGUCGUUCCAGUCCAAUAUGGCUGUGCAAAAUCUGCAGUGAGCACAAAGAGAUGCUGAAGCGGUCUGGUGCCUGGUUUUUCAAAGGUUUACCACAACAGAUUUUACCCGCUCCUUUACCGAUCUCUAAUAAUAGAGAGCUCAGAACCACCAGUGCACCAACUUCAACCAAUCCACCAACCAAUCGAGAGUCUUCAGUAUCUUCACGGCCAAAAAAUGGAGAGAGCAUGCAGGUCACCGGCAGAGAGCAGCAGAUAUCUGAAACGAUGCCCCCUAAACGGGACGAGCAUUCUGUCAUAUCCCAAAGAGCCCUAGAAGAAGACAGAGGUAGACAGUCUAUGAGCAGGAGCACAAUUCAGUCCAACGCCGCUGUGGAAGGACAAACGUACUCACCUGUGGCGAAGAGAGAAGUACCGGUGAUGAGCUCCAAACCUCCAGCGUCGAAAAAAGAUCCUAUGAGUCGACCGGAGGCCAGGGCACCACCUGCUAUGCAGACCGACGCACGUUUGCCAGCUGCCAACAGCGUUCCCGCUUCACGCCAGCCACCACCCCCCACCGCAGAGGAUGAAGAGGACGCCAACAGCUAUGACUCUGACGAUGCCACCACUCUGGGCAUGUUGGAGUUCAGUCUGCUCUAUGAGGAGGAGAAAAACGAACUGCACUGCAAUAUAAUCAAAGCAAAGGGUCUCAAGCCCAUGGACUCCAAUGGCUUGGCUGAUCCUUAUGUGAAAUUGCACUUGCUUCCAGGAGCCAGUAAGUCUAACAAGCUAAGAACAAAGACGAUUCGUACCACCUUGAACCCCGUGUGGAACGAGACCCUUGUUUAUCAUGGCAUCACUAAUGAAGACAUGCAGAAAAAGACUCUCAGGCUUUCUGUCAGUGAUGAGGACAAGUUCGGCCAUAAUGAGUUUAUCGGCGAGACGCGGGUGGUCUUGAAAAAACUGAAGCUGAACCAGAAGAAGACCUUCAGUGUGUGUCUUGAGAGAGUGAUUCCGGUGAGACGUACUGCUGGCGCAGGUGCAUCUCGUGGCAUGGCGCUCUAUGAGGAGGAGUUGAAGGACGAUGAAGAGGCAGAGGAGAGGGGACGUAUCCUGAUUUCUCUCACCUACAACAGCCAGCAGGGUCGUCUGAUUGUGGGUGUAGUUCGAUGUGUUCAUCUGGCAGCAAUGGACUCGAAUGGCUAUUCUGACCCCUUUGUAAAGAUUUACUUGAAGCCCGACAUGGGAAAGAAAGCGAAGUAUAAAACUCAGAUCAAGAAGAAGACCCUUAACCCUGAGUUUAAUGAGGAGUUCAGCUAUGAAAUCAAGCAUGCUGAACUGGCAAAGAAGACUUUGGAUGUGUCUGUCUGGGAUUAUGACAUGGGGAAAUCUAAUGAUUUCAUAGGUGGAUGCCAGCUUGGAAUCACAGCUAAAGGUGAAUGUCUGAAGCACUGGUAUGAAUGUCUCAAGAACAAGGACAAGAAGAUCGAACGGUGGCAUGUUCUGUUGAAUCAAAACAACGUUGAGGCGGAUGACUGAGGUGUUGUAUCACCAAAGAUGACAGUAUAUGGUUCCAUCUUCCAAAAAAGUAAUCUUGCUUACAAGCUCAAACUGCUGAUAAUGUUUUCUUUUCAUUCAGAAAAAAAGCCUUUGUCUUUGCCUCUCCUGAAACCCUGUGAUGAGCUUUAGUGGUCCAACCGAGAAAAACCUAGACAACCCAUUUACUUUGUUUUUUGGUGGGAAAAAGACAGUGUAUGAUAUUUUUUCACUCAGUAAAUGCCUUAAAGAACAAAACCUCAUGAAUACAGAUGUGACGCAAAUAUAUUAGUCAUCAAACCCUGCAACCAAAUAUACUCAAGGACACUGGGGAAAAAUGGACUUUACUCAUGUAAAACCAGUUCUUUAAGUAAAAUAGCAUGUUAAAUGCUAUUGUACACACCAUUGUUUGGCAUUAGAAAUAUAUACGCUGUCCUUGCAUAUGUCUACUAUUCAUUUAUGUUUGUUUCAAUCAGUAUGUCACAGAUGAGAGAGACUGUGUGUAAAACAAAUUGUGAAUAUAAAGUUUAAAAAGUAUUAGAGUUAUAUCCAGUAAAUGACAGGUUGUUGAAGUUCAAUAUUGCAUCAACUACAUAUGGAAAUGUCCUGUUGUUAUGUGCAUGGAAUUCAUGGACGUGUUCCCUAAUUAUACGUUAUUAUCAUUAAGUUUGAAUUUAUUUCUGUAACAUGUUUACAUGUGUUGUUAUAACCUAAUAAAGUGUUCUCAGCUAUUGCCUAUGAAUCAG